UGAAGUUCACAGUGCAGCGUUUCUCGAGUUGGUCAAAAAGUCAGGGGAACGGAUCACAGUGGUCCAAGAAAAGGGUUGAGGGUUGACCGACCAUACUGAAAGGCACAUCAUGAAUUGGGCCUUUCUCCAAGGCCUCCUGAACGGAGUCAACAAGUACUCCACCGUCUUCGGCCGCAUAUGGCUCUCCGUGGUGUUCAUCUUCAGGCUCAUGGUUUUCGUUGUGGCUGCUGAGAAGGUGUGGGGCGACGACCAGAAGGAUUUCGACUGCAACACGAGGCAGCCCGGCUGCCACAACGUCUGCUACGACAACUUCUUCCCCAUCUCCCACACCCGCCUCUGGGCUCUGCAGCUCAUCUUCGUCACAUGCCCAUCAUUGCUGGUCGUGCUGCAUGUGGCCUACCGGGAGGAGCGCGAGCGCAAACACCGGCUGAAGUACGGCGAGGACUGCAAGCCGCUCUACGACAACACGGGAAAGAAGCGCGGAGGUCUGUGGUGGACCUACUUCCUCAGCUUGCUGUUCAAGAUGCUGGUGGAGGCCGUGUUUGUCUUCCUGCUCUUCUACAUUUACGAAGCCCCCUUCUUCCCGCCGCUUGUCAAAUGUGAUGAAUCCCCGUGUCCCAACGUGGUGGACUGCUACAUCGCCAGACCUACAGAGAAGAAGGUCUUCACCGUGUUCAUGGUGGUGACCAGCUUUGUGUGCAUUCUGCUCACUAUUUGCGAGGUAUUUUAUCUCUGUGGUAAGAGGUUCUGGGAGUGCUGUCGUGAACAACAGCACUCCGGUCGACACAACGGCAACUCCUUCGUCAUUGCCAAAAUCCCCCAGACCAGAAGUGUUAACUCCGUCUACAAAGAGCCUCUCACAUCAGAGAAGAUGAAGAUGGUGGAUGGUAAAGGCCCAACGACUCCGGAGAGUUCUGCACCGGCGUACAGUCUGGCCAUCUCUUGAACAACAUACAAUUGUAAAAAAUAAUUAAACCAAAAAGGUUUGAAUAGAUGAUGGAAGGGUCAUGUUAGAGAGGAUGUUUUUUCUUAUACAGUACAUAUUUUGUUAGCCUGGCAACAUGACAAUGUGCACGUUUACUGAAAGCAAUUGCAAUAUGAAGAAAACUAAUUGUAUUACUAGCAAUAAUUCAACUAUUUAAUGGUGGCUCUUUGGUUUUGGAAAAGUUGAACAAAACAACUUUUCCAAAAAGGGUUUACAAUAUCUGUUUUCUUUAAGUACAGAAGGUCCCCCAAUUUUAUCCAAAUAAGUUUUUAUAUUAUAUAUAUAUAUAUAUAUUUGAUGCUUGUAUUAUUUAUUUGUAACAUACCUGAUUAUGGUUGCACAAUAAAACGUUUCAAAUAAAAGCAGAUGCUUGAUAAACCUACAGCUGAAACUGUGAUUAUUUUAACGGAAACCAGAGGGCUGGCCAUGAAGUCAUAUGUUAGAAAUGUUUAUCAUAAAAUUUAAAGGAAGUAAAAAAAGGAAGUGCACUGAAUUCUUUUUCAUUUACUGUUGACAUGUGGGAUAUCUUUACAUCUUUUUUUCUUCUCUUUAUUUUAACUAGAAGGUCCCUUAUGGUUAAAAUCAAUUUUUUCAAGACCUGGCCAAGGUAGCAGACCAGUACAAGUACAAAUAUACAAAAUAUACAAUAGAGCAGGUAGAAUAAGACACGGAACAACUAAGGAUAAAUGAACAAGGGACAACAGAUCCAUACUACAAAAAAACUCUCCCAGGGAAACAAAAUAAUUAAGCUUUAGUGUGUUCUGUGUAUUCCAUGACCAGAGCUUUAGUGUGUUUUAGAUAUUCCAUGACCAGGACGCAACCUUUUAGAAAGUUGCCCUACCAAAUUCAAAGGAAAUCCUGGGUAUCUAGCAAUGUCUGAAAGUAUGCUGAUGGAGAUUUCUGCACCUGCAACACUGAAUGACCACUCCUAUUUUUUAAGAGGUUAAUCAAGUGCAU